AUGGCUGAUUCUUGUGCUUGUCCGAAAAAACUGAACUCUAGGGUGUAUCAACAAGCUUCUUUCCCAUUAUCAGUUUUGGAACAUGGUUGCAAGUCCUUAUCUUCUGCUUCUGACAGUACAUAUACUGAGAUGGUAACAUGGCACUGCCAGUCAUCAGUAUGGUUAGUAACUCCAGUUGUCUAUAAAGCAUACCAUAUGUUGCAACUAACGAGGGGGCUAAAGCUUGGUGUUGAGCUUGGUGCACCGUUAUGGACGGUGCUUACUAUUAAAGGGCUUGGCAUAUUGUUGGGUGCUUGUUCUUAG